CGUUCUGUCCCUGGCAGUGCUCUCUGAUCUCUCUCUCUCAACGAAUUAAUAAGAAAAGUGUUUGUUAGUUGGCUAAAGACUCUCGAUCUUGGCACCGUAUCUGUAUACAAUGUCAGAAUUUUGGAAGCUAAGUUAUUUGGUUCCAUCCCUUACAGAUAAUCUCUAUCGAGACCUUACUUUUCGUGAACUUAUCAGAAUUUACGAGACGGAAAGUACGCAACGUCGCGACUCAUUCGCACCAACAUUGUGGUUCACACCAUGUAUCAUGACAGUGCUGAUACAGGAACUGGCUAACGCAUACCGUUUAGUGUGUGGCGACCAACUUACAAAUGAAUUAACAGAUCGAUUGUGCAAUGUUCUUACUUUAUUUCAGAUGGUAGCUGGACACUACAGUAUAAAGAGGCUUUAUCUCCAAAGUAAAAUGCAUCUCUAUAUGCUACCCUUUCUCGACAACAAAUUGACGGGAAGGAAUCACGAGGAACUAAGAGCGAGUGCCUUGAGAGUAAUUACAGCUCUUGUAAAGUCGUCCCUACAGAAUGCCGAUGCAGAAGCUAUCCACUUAAUUAUCGAGGAUAACAUGUUCGAUAGUUUGAUAUUUUGCAUUGAAGUUGGCAGCUUAAUUUCAAAAACAGCAUCUACUUUUAUAGUCCAGCAUAUCUUAGCCAAUGAAGAGGGCUUACAGCAUUGCUGUGCUCAAACGAACCGAUUUAUCUACUUAGCAAAAUCCCUACGACAGGUCGUUCUAGGAUUCGAUAGAGCUGCAGCCAGGCAUGAGAUAUGGGAACUCCUAAGAUUCGUAAUCGGGUGCUAUCAUAAGCUAUCAGCAGAUCCAAGGACAGUGCCUGGGCUACAAAGAUACUUUCCGGUGAUAUUAAGCCACUCAUAUUUCUCUCAGCUCUUUCAGAAUGAUGCAAACACAUUGCAGCAGUUACACCAGUUACUUGAAAUUGCUGCACCCCUAUAGUCACCUAACCAAGCUGUGCAGCCAAAUCAGGGGGGCGGGGCGGGCACGGGGGGUGAUUAGACAAUAGAUUCAAGAUGCUAGCUAGAGAGAUAACAUAUACACACAUUGUAUUCGUAUCCGUAUUCAUAUACUUGUAUUCACACAGAAAGUAGAUACCUUGUAAACUAGUAAAAUAGAUACAAAAAAUAACCCACUUUGUCAAUUUUGGACGGUUGACAUUUUUGACCAUCGGUAAAUGUUUGAGCAAACCUAAUAAUAUCACAUCAAAUACAGGGCAUGUCAUCAACCAGUAGAAUAC